AGCAGAGACCCUGAUGCAAGGCUCGAACUGACAAACCGGGAGAUCAUGACCUGAGCUGAUGUUGGACUUAAGAUUAACCAACUGAGCUACCAAGGUACCCCUAGAUUUUAUUAAAAGUGAGAAACAUCUAUUUGAAAGCAUUGGAGACAUAUAAGACAGAGUCUAAGGUAUUAGAGAAAAAGGAAAUAAAGAGAGGUGAGCAGCUUAAUAUAUGCAGCUACUUUCUCCCAAGAGACAUUUGAUGAUUCUGAAUAAGUUAAGUACAGAGAAGCUGAGCAGCUGAACAGGACUGUUGGCAGUCUUACAGGGGUAAGGAGACAAAAAUUGGGAUUCAGAGCUUUCCAAAAGGAGGGGACCUGGUAAACAGCCCAGUCUUCAGCUGGGAACCUUGAGGGACUACACCCUGGUAAUAAAGCUAGCCCGAAAAUAGACGAGCACUCACAGAGACUGUAACUCAGAUCUGAAUCAAACCAAUCUCCGAUUAGACUAAGAAGUUAUACUCCUUGCUAACUGCCUGCCAGAAGCAAAGCAAGUCCUCUUCGGAGGAAUAUGACAUCAUCCAGGCUCUCAAAUUAUCGUUACAUUUUUCAUAUGGUGUCUGGCAUUAAACAAAUAGAUGAUAACAAUAACAACAAAACCAGGCAUAACAGGAGCUAGGAACAAAUGACUGAAAACCAAAAGAAAAAAAAUGUAAUUUAAACAGAUAUGUUGAAUAUAUUUUAAGAAUAAUCUAAUAAAAAUUCUAGGAUUGAAAUUAAGAACUCAGAGGAAAGAUUUCAAAGCAGAUUAGACUCAACUGAAGAGAUGAUUCAUGAACUUGAAUAUAGACUAGAAAAAAAUAUGUGGACUUCACUACAAUUACAGCAGGAUAAAAUUUUUAAGAAAUACCAAAAAGAAAGACUGGGAGAUAUAUGGGGUUCGGUGUAGACAUUUGUGUAAUUAGAGUCCUAGAAGAAAAGGAGAGAGACUGUGUAGCAUAAACAAUAUUUGAAGAGCAAAUAAUCUAAGGAUUUAAAAACUGAUAAAAGACAUAGAGGCACAGAUAAAUACAAAGAAAGUUACUACUAGACCCAUCAUUGUAAAAUAGGUAACAAACAACUAAAGACAAAAACUAUAAAUGCAGUUAGUAUAAAAAAAUAAUAAAACACAUUUUGUUCAGGGGCACAAAAUAAGACAGCCAAAUUUUCAAUAAAAACAAUGGAAGCCAAAAAAUAAUGAAAUGGUAUCUUUAAAAGGCCAAAAGAAAGGAUGUGGCUGGAGUUUGAGGAGCACAGGGCCAGCGACGCUGCAGACCUGAGACCUGAAGCAGCCUAGAGGCGGUGAAAAAUAGCCCUGAACGCCUGCAAUAAAAAAUGGCCUCUAAUACAACUACAUUGCAAAAAGUGGGAAAGAAACAGAAAGGAAAGAGUAAAGUAGAAGAGGCAGAGCCGGAAGAAUUUGUGGUGGAGAAAGUAGUAAAUGGGAAGACAGAGUAUUUCCUGAAGUGGAAGGGAUUUACAGAUGUUGACAAUACUUGGGAGCUUGAAGAAACUUUAGAUCGUCCAGAGUUAAUUGAAGCAUUUCCUAAUUCUCAAAAAGCUGGUAAAGAAAAAGACGGUACAAAAAAAGACUCUUUAUCCAACAGUGAAUCUGAUGAUGGCAAAUCCAAGAAGAAAAGAGAUGCUGCUGAUAAACCAACAGGCUUUGCCAGAGGUCUUGAUCCUGAACAAAUAAUUGGUGCUGCAGACAGCAGUGGAGAAUUCACAUUUCUCAUGAAAUGGAAAAGUUCAGAAGAGGCAGAGUCGGCAUUGGCAAAGGAGGCAACUAUGAAGCGUCUUCAAAUUAUAAUUGCGUGUUCUUUAUUUUAAAGUUCAUUUCUUUUGAGACAGAGAGAGAGAGAACGAGUGGGGGAAGAGCAGAGAGGGAAUCCCAAGCAGGCCCCUCACUAUCAGUGCAGAGCCCAACGCAGGGCUUGAUCUCACGAACUGUGGGAUCAUGACCCAAGUCAAAAUCAAGAGUCCACGCUUAACCGACUGAGCCACCCAGGCACCCCAAAUUGUAAUUCUUUUUUUAUGAAGAGAGAUUAACUUGUCAUUCUUGUCUAGAAGAUGAAGCUCAAUGAUAUAUCAUUUGGGGGAGUUGUUAGGGAUUUUUUGCAUCUCUAGCACUGGUUACUUUGAAUAAAUAAAAGCUUUCUAUAGUUGCUUCCUUUAUCAGAAAAGAAUAUUUGAGACCAUGGUAUAUUAUUCCCCUGCAUUAGAGAGCACCUUUUCUUAAUGCUGGGGGAAAUCUUCAUAGUUGGUACUCAACCAGAAUUUGUGUUUAAUUCCUACAUGCCUAAGGACCAUUCUGGGCUUUUUGUUUAUUUGGGGUUUUUUUUGUGUGUGUGAGUGUAUACAUAAAAAUACAUACAUAAAUAGUUUUCUUUGUAAAAAAAACAUUCACCCAAACAAAAGCAGAAUUUCAUGACCAUGGAUAAGCCCAUGUUUCUGGGAUGCCGUCAUUUUCAGCAACCUAAGAUAUAAAUCACUUAAAGUAAAUUGAAAUUUUUCCUGAACAGGCCUUAACUUUUAAAAUUUCAUAAUUAAUUGGACAAUUUAAAUAUACCGUAAACAACUUAAAUUGGACAAUUUAAAAGUAGCCAUAUCAGAAUCCAUAUCCAUAUCUAUAGUCAUAUAAAUGCAACUUUAUUUGCAAGAUCCCUGAAAGAAAAAUUUUAGCAUUACCAACAACCUCCCCACCCACAUGAGAAAACUAGACAAGUCCUGGUGUGUUUAAAUUAGGUAAGCAAAACUUAGUUACGUGGACAUUUAAAGUUUCCUUCUGGUGAAUCAUUCCUUUGCAAGAGGUUGAAAUCUCUGCGAUAUUGACUAAAAGGUCACAAUUUAUGGAAUGUCUAAGACUUUGUUCAUGGAAACGUAAUCAUAAUCAGAUAGUUAGAAAUGUUGACAGUUUAGCACCUGCUGGAAUAAAUGGGGGGACAAACUUCCGUAUUGUAAAUUCUUGACCUGCAUGUGUUUUCUUUACCCCAGCUCAUUCCUUACAUGCAGGCUCAAUCUUCUCAGUAUUUGAGUUCCUGGUUCAGCAGAAACCAGGAAAGACAAUCAUCAGAAUGUUAUCCAACUGUAUAUUGUUUACUUUAUUGUAAAUAUUGGUAAAUAGUGGUCAAUAGUUUAUAUUCAAAAGGAUAAACAAAAAUCAAAGGCUAAAGGAAAAUAUCUACUAACCUAAAAAUUCUAUACCCAGAGAAAGUAUCGUUCAAAAAUGAAAGCAAAUCGUUCGAAAAUGAAAGCGAAAAAAAGACAUUACCAGCCAAACAACUGAAAUGAUUUAGAGCUUGCUGACAGACACUAGUGGGAAAACUAGUUUUUCAGGUAGAAGGAAAGAAUUCCAAAUGGAAGCAAGAAGAUGAAGAAGGGGAUAAAGAGCACUGUAAAGAGUAGACAUAUGAGGGAAUCUAAAUUAGUAUUGACUGUAUAAAUAUAUAUGUAUAGAAUAUAUGUUGAAUUAAAGUAUGUAACAAUACACAAAAUGUAAGUGGAAAAAGGAGUUAAAGUAUUCCAAUGUCCUUAUCCAUGAAUUGAAAAAAAAUACUAAUUGGACUUUAAUAAGUCAAGGAUGCAUGUUGUAAUCCUUAGCUCGAGGCUAACCAAUAAACAUAAUAAAAGAAUCAAUGACUAGUUCAUAGAAGAGGGAAAUGAAAUAAUAAUAAUAAAUAUUUUAUUCCAAAGAAGUUAAGAAAGGGGAAAAGAAAACAGAACAAUUGUAACAACUAAAAAAUAAAAACAUGGUAGAUUUGGGACACCUGAGUGGCUCAGUUGGUUAAGCACCCGACUUUGGCUCAGGUCACGAUCUCUUUGUUCGUGAGUUCGAGUGGCACAGAGCCUGGAGCCUGUUUCAGAUUCUGUGUCUCCCUUUCUCUCUGCCCUUCCCCCUCUCAAAAAUAAAUAAACAUUAAAAAAUUUUUUUUGAGAAAAAACAUCAAAGAUUUAUAUCCAAAUGUGUCAGUAAGUGUAUUAAAUGUAAACUAAGAGUUCUAAUUAAAAGAUAAACAUUGUGAGACUGGAUUAAAAAUAAACAUACCCCUACACCCAAAUAUAAGCAUACAGAAAGAAUAAAAGUAAAAGGAGGAAGAAAUAUAUUUCUAACUAAAAGAAAACUGGUAUGUUUAUACUAAUAUCAGACACUGUUUAAGGCAAGAAGCUUUACAAGAAAUAAAGUAGUACAUUUCAUAAGGAUAAAAAUGUCAGUCCAUCUGAAGGAUAUAGCAAUUCUUAAUUGUACCUAAUAACACAUCCUCAAAUUUUAUAAUGUAAUAAUUGACAGAACUAAAAGGAGAAAUGGAACUUUUUAAAUAAAAGAUUUUUUUUUUUUUUUUAAGUAAUCUCCAUGCCCACUGUGGGGCUCAAAACCAUGACCCUGAGAUCAAGAGUCACAUGCUCUACUGACUGAGCCAGCCAGGCGCCCCCAAAAUGGCACAUUUUAAUACACCUUUCACUUCUCUUGUUAACUUUUAGAAGAAGCAGCAGAAAACAAAAACCAACUAUAGGGAUAUAAAGAAUUUGAAUAAUACAAUUAACAAAUGCAUAUGUGAUCUACUUAUUAUGUAUAGAAUACUGCACACAACUGCAGGAUACACUUUUAAAGUUUUGAUUACACAUGGUACAUUUACCAAAAUUGGCUGUAUGCUGAUCC